UUGACAACACCCACUCUAUGCUCGUUACUUCUGUCGGUGCCUUUCGUCGUGCGAAGCAUUCAAAGAAACAUCGAGAAUUCUCAAAAACACGUGGUAAAAUAAGCUCCACACUAAAAACUCCACAAUGCAACCACAGAUUAUCUUGUUGAAAGAAGGCACGGAUGCGUCCCAGGGAAAGCCACAAGUGAUAUCCAAUAUAAAUGCAUGCCAGAUUGUGGUGGACGCUGUUCGGACCACUUUGGGUCCACGCGGUAUGGACAAACUUAUAGUUGAUCAAAAUGGGAAGAGUACGAUCUCCAAUGAUGGCGCUACCAUUUUGAAACUGUUGGAUAUUAUUCAUCCAGCCGCAAAAACCUUAGUAGACAUCGCUAAGUCACAGGAUGCAGAGGUUGGAGAUGGCACAACCAGUGUGGUUCUGUUAGCCGGAGAGUUUUUGAAACAGAUAAAACCCUUUAUCGAAGAAGGUGUGCACUCUCGUAUAAUUAUUAAAGCUCUUCGUCGUGGACUUCAGAUAGCCGUAGACAAAAUCAAUGAACUAAGCGUCAAGAUAGACAAAACUGACAUGAGCAAGCAAAUUGAGCUUCUUGAAGAAUGCGCAGCUACAUCAAUGAGCUCCAAAUUGAUACAUCAACAGAAGAAACAUUUCAGUCAACUAGUCGUCAAAGCUGUCAUGAUGUUAGAUGAUUUGCUUCCUCUCAACAUGAUUGGUAUUAAGAAAGUAUCUGGAGGUGCUCUGGAAGAUUCCGAACUCAUUCAAGGAGUGGCCUUUAAAAAGACCUUCUCUUAUGCCGGAUUCGAGAUGCAACCGAAGAAGUAUCAUCAGUGCAAGAUCGCGUUGUUAAACAUCGAGCUGGAAUUGAAAGCCGAACGGGAUAAUGCGGAGGUGCGGGUGGACAAUGUGGCGGAAUACCAGCGAAUCGUCGACGCGGAAUGGCAGAUCCUCUACGACAAGCUCGAUCAGAUUCACAAGAGCGACGCGAAAGUGGUGCUGUCCAUGCUGCCGAUUGGCGACGUUGCGACGCAGUAUUUUGCUGACAGAGACAUGUUCUGCGCCGGUAGGGUGCAGGAAGAGGAUCUUAAAAGAACGAUGAAGGCGUGCGGCGGAGCUAUUUUAACGACUGUGCACGACAUCAAAGAUUCCGAUCUUGGAAGAUGUCAAGAUUUUGAGGAGAAACAAAUAGGGGGUGAAAGGUUCAACUUUUUCUAUGAAUGUUCCCGAGCGAAAACGUGCACGUUUAUUCUGCGCGGUGGCGCGGAGCAGUUCUUGGAAGAAACCGAGCGGUCUCUUCACGACGCGAUUAUGGUAGUCAGGCGUAUGGUGAAGAACGACGCGGUAGUCGCCGGCGGCGGCGCCAUCGAGAUGGAACUGUCGAAAACUUUGCGUGAUCAUUCGCGUACAAUAGCUGGGAAGGAGCAGCUUUUGAUUGGAGCGAUAGCGAGAGCCCUCGAGAUCAUCCCAAGGCAACUUUGCGAUAACGCCGGAUUCGACGCGACAAAUAUCCUCAACAAAUUGCGGCAGAAGCACCACAAAGGCUUGCAAUGGUACGGUGUCGAUAUCAAUACCGAGGAUAUCGCGGACAACAUGCAGUGUUGCGUCUGGGAACCGGCGAUAGUGAAGAUCAACGCGUUGACGGCCGCCACGGAAGCCGCCUGUCUCAUACUUUCCGUCGAUGAGACUAUCAAGAACCCCAAGAGCACUCAAGACGCCCCAAGAGCACCGGCGAUGGGACGCGGCAUGGGUAGACCGAUGUAACUUGAUUGUCCUUAAUUUUAUGUAACAGAAGAAAUCUGUUGUAUUGCAAUUCAUUAUGCAGUUUGCAUGUAUAAAAGAUCAAUAGUAAUUCUUUUCAGCUCUAAUCGUUCUAAUCGCACUAAAAGCUACUCCUUUCCAGCUAUUGUGCGCGAAUAAUUACACAAUGCUUUUGAGAGUAGCAUCUCAAUGAUACGAUCGCCUGCGACCACUAAAUUCUUAAGCUUAAAGCCGAAGCGAUUUUGAAAAAUAAAUCUAUGAUUUUAUAUUGAUUGCGAAAGGAUCAAUUUACGUAUUACGUAAUUGUUUUUCUUUGAAAGAAAAAUAAAUUGACGAAGACAAAUAAUUAAAUAAUACAAUAAAUUGAUAUUUUUGCAAAUUAUAAAUUUGCGAAUUUCGAUUCUCAAAACUGCUUUGGCUUUAAAAUUUUUCCUAUAGGAGAAUAUUUGUUUUUCGUGUUUCUUCUUUAAGAUUUUGUAUACUUGUUAAUACUUCUAAUGAAUUGCAAUAAUAUAUUUCUUUUGUUAAUUUUUGUAAGGUUUUGUAACAGCUUUAUGCUGUUUGAAAUAAAAACAUCAUUUCUUAAAUAUGUAAAA